AUGGCGAAGACUUGGUCUGGAAGAAGGUGUGAGAGUAUCUGCAAUGGUAGGUUUAAUAAUCUCACAUCAUCUGGUGAUGGGGAGGAAAAACUUCAUCAAGUACAACUUAGAGCUUGCAAGAAUUGGCUUCCUCCUCGUCCUCGACCACUCUCUCCUGUGAAUCCUGGUGGACAACCAUCUGUGCUAAAGCGUGGACGAUCAUCCGAGCCAAUUCAAAACAAGAAGAGGAGGGUGACGUCGAAUAUUGAUGAUGAAGUUCAUGUUCGUGAUCAUGGUAAAUUUGCUACUAAUAGUACUUGUCUGAAUGUCGUUUCAUCAGUAUCCCAACGUUCUAGCCACUUGACGACGUUGUCGAAAUCGGUACUGCUAGCCGAUGAUCAUUCUCCUUCUCUUGAUCAUCAAGUGCAAGUGCAUGAUGGUAGUGAUCUUGAUCUGUCACCGGCAAGGGCUGUUCGGGUUGCAAUGUUAAAGUCCAGGUUUGCAUCUACCAUCGUCAAGGCACAGCAGGAUAUUGAACAUUCUACUAUUACACAUAAUAAUGUUGAAGCUGAAGCCAAGAUUGCCAAGUUCAGAGCUACUGAGAUUGCCAAAGCUAAUGACUUGAUCAAGAAGCAACGCCAAAGAGAUAGAGAAGCUGCUCGGCUUGCCCUCUCUGAGAUGGAAAAGAAUGUCGUGAUUGAAGACAAUUUCAGAACCAUGAAAGAAUUUCAGAUGUUGAUUUAUGGUGCCACUUUUAACUGA